AGAGAGCCAGCCAUAAACCCUAGUAAUCCCCACUCCCGACUUCCCGAGUUCCCUCCGGCCUCCCCAAUCUCGCGCUCGAUUCGAACCCGACCGUAAAUUCCACGCUCGUUUCUGGUCCUUCGGUUUGGUCCCUCAAUGGAGGACGUAGUGGUCGAGGAGGCGGAGGUGAGCGGCGCGGCAGAGUUCGCGCCGGCGCUCGUCGCGGCCCACCCGCUCGGCCACUCCGUCGCCGUCGCCGUCGGGCCCGAGCUCCGCGUGUUCGAUCUCAAGGGCGGCUGCGCAGUUUCGAUGUCUGAUGAUUCUGGCGGCUCUUCUCACUCGGAUGCUAUAAGAGCUAUUUCGUUUAGUGCGGAUGGCAUCUUGCUCGCAUCUGCGGGUGAUGACAAGCUUGUUAAGAUUUGGAAAACCGACUCAUGGCGCUGCAUCCGAACUAUAACUUCGGAAAAGAGGGUUAGCGCAGUUGCUAUUAGCAAAGAUGGCCUGUAUGUUACAUUUGCAGACAAAUUUGGUGUUAUUUGGCUGGUUACUCUGGGGGAAGAUGGUGAAGGGCAGGUGUCAGCUGAUAACAAACCUGUGUCAAUUUUUGGUCACUACUGCAGUAUUAUUACUAGCAUGAAGUUCUCACCAGAUGGACGAUUCAUUGCUACUGCGGACCGAGACUUCAAAAUCCGAGUUACAGUAUUCCCAAAGAAUCCUCUAAAAGGGGCUCCCGAAAUACAGAGCUUUUGUCUUGGACAUACAGAGUUUGUGUCUUGCAUUGCCUUCACACAUCUUUCAGGAGGAUCAAGCUUUCUAUUAUCUGGGGGCGGUGAUUCAACUGUCCGGCUGUGGGACUACAUAAAUGGCUGCCUCCUUGAUACGUGCCAUGUCAAAGGCAAGGUUGGGGAACUUGCAGAGCCAAAUGAAACUGAAGACAGCAACCUUGCUGUCGCGGAUAUAUGUCUGACAAAUGAUGGCUUGCUGGCUGCUGUAGCUAUUCAAAGUUUGAACGGCGUAAUGCUCUUAGGAUGUGAUCACGUAGACAAGAAGUUAUCUUUUCUAAAGGUGAUUACAAUGGAAAAUAGCUACAUUCCCACUAGCUUAGCUUCCAGUUCCUCAGCAGAUCUUCUGUGGACUGUCAUGGGCGCAUCAAAUAUGCCGAACCAGGCUGCUUCCCAGUUAUUAACCCGUGUAAGAAUUAUCCCCCGCUUCAAGAAGGACCUAUUGGCCUCCUCCGAUCACAGCCCCGCAAUCCUGGAGGACAGUGAAGUACCAUAUGGCGAGAAACUUCUCCUGGCGCUACAAGGGAGCCUCGACAUUUCGAAGCAGGAGGAGGUGCUGGCUUCCGUGCUAGCCGCCCUGAAAGUCUCGAUGCACAAGAUGCUGGUGAAGAAGAACUACUCGGAGGAGAGGAGGGAGCAAAGGAAGAGGGGCAGGAACGAUAAGAAGAUCAAGAAGUAGCUUUGACUCUACAAGGUGUAGCAGGGAACAUUUGCUUCUCGACGCCUUGUACUGUACCACCAUGAGAAAUUCUUUAGAAAAUAUGGAUCAACAGAUGUAAGAGUAAAAUUCAGCAACCAUUUUCUUGCGACCAAAUUGAUUUCAAUCUACUCCCGUGGCAUCGUUAUUUUUCCCGGAAA